ACAGCAACCAUGGGUGCCAGCGCUAAAAGAAAGAAGGAGAAGCAAAAGGACUUCCAGAAACCCAAGCUCAAGGUCGGCAAGGCCAAGGCGAAGCCGGAGAACUUUACAGACACCAGUUUCCGAUCAAAAGCAAUUGUUCUCAAUCAACAAUCUCUCCAUGUCGUCGCCCCAACCUCCAGCAGCCAAUUCUCUCACCACCUUUCCCUCCUCUCCUCCAAAUCCGACAGUCAACGUCGCGAUUCCCUUGCCCACCUAACCACCACAAUCGCCUCGCGACCGGUCAAUUCACCCCUCCCCCAGCCGGUCAGCGUUAUGCUUUCAUCUCUUCUCCCAUUGAUCCUCGACGCAAACAACAAUGUGCGCACUGCCCUUCUCAAGCUACUCCGAACACUUCCGUCCAACGACGUGGAGGACCACGUUGCGCAACUACUCCCCUAUGUCCGCGCUGGCAUGACCCAUUUAGCGGCAGACAUCCGCGUCUCCGCCGUCGAAAUUCUCUCAUGGAUGGUUGAUGCGGCUGGUGAGGCUGUGGUUUCUUGCGCCGGCGGAUGGAUCAAAACGUUCAACUGUUUUCUGUCGGUGCUGGGGUGGCACACUGAGGAGUCGGCGCGGUGGUCCUCUAAUCGGUCUACCUUCGGCAAGUCUGGGAGCCAGGGGCGGCCUAUGGUAAAGGUGUUGGGUGCGCUGGCGGGGUUCCUGGAUGCCGGAAUUGGGGCGCCAGGUGCCUCGGUCGACGAUAAUGCGCAACAUGAUGACCCGACAACUUCAGUGUGGCCCUUCCCGCUGUGCCAGACGGGUCAACAUAUGAUCUCCGAAUCAGCUGCGCCAUAUGCCUACCUGAAUUUGUUUGGACAGCCGCGUGAUGAGGAGGGCGAGAUGUACGAGACCCGCGAGGAUCGCUUCCGAGUCUUCUCGGCGCGGUUUUUGUCCGCUGUCGAACGGGGCCUGAAGAGUGCGAGGGAAGAAGGUGGCGAGCUUGGUCGUGCAUCCUCCAGUGUGAGCAAGGUUUUGAAAGAGGCCUUGUCAUAUGGGGCUGGGCCAUGAAAGUGAAUUUUUACGAUGUCAUGAUCACAAAACAGCUUUUCGUUACCAUUCUCGAUACGGGCAAGAUAUUUUCCAAGUACCCACCUACAAGAAGAACAUGGGUUUUAUACGCUUAUGACUUCCCGCUCUCCAGGGCCCUGGGGCAUAACAAUAUGACUCCCAAUUGCCAUGAUUGAGACAGUCCUCGGUGCAGACCAAGAGGUUGUGGCAAUGGGCUCCCAGCUGAUGGCUGGGAGACUCCAUUCCCAUCACAAGCACCCGACAGCUUUUAGCCCUCAGGCCUUGGAGGCAAAGGCUGACAGGCAGGGCUUGAAGGAUGCAUCAUCAUCAAUCAAUCAUAUGGGAAUCUUCAAAUCUGAAAUAAAAUAUUCAUGUACAAGAAGUUCGACUGCGUUCGCACAGCCGGAAAUAUGAAUC